AUGUCUCCAAUCGAACAAUCCGUUCGUCGGGUUGACGUUGAUCCUUUUUUCGAUAAUACUCGAUUGGAUUUGACACAAGAAGGUUUAGGCGGAAAGAAACGUGCAGUUCCAUAUCACGUCGGAAACACUUGGAAGAAGCCAAACGGCGAUCGUAAAGAUUACAACGAAAGUACGAAGAGCAUGACUGCUAUGCAAAAGCAUGUCGCCUUCUUUGACGGUGAUUGUGAUGGCGUCAUUUGGCCAAGCGAUACGUUCUUCGCGUUUUUAUCGUUGGGAUUCGGUUUGAUCAUUUCAAUCUUGUCAGUUUUCGUCAUCCAUGGACCCUUCUCUUACCCCACAUUACCAACAAAAGGAAACCGUUGGACUGAUUGGCUUCCCGAUCCAUUUAUGCGCAUUUACGUUGCUAAUAUCCAUCGCUGCAAGCAUGGCUCUGAUACGGAAUCUUAUAAUCGUCGUGGUCAAUUUCAACAACAAAAAUUUCAAGACAUCUUGGAAGAUUAUUCAACAUAUCACAACAAAGAAGCUCUCUCUUUCCGUGAUGGGUUGGUAAUGAUCAAAGAACGUAGAAACUUGAUGGACAUUUUCGGUAUCUUUGCUUUUGCCUUCGAAUGGGGUAGCACAUACAUGCUCUUAUGGCCAAAAGACGGGUACAUGAAGAAAGAUGACAUUCUCGGUGUCUUUGAUGGAAGCAUCUUUGUCGCUUUAGCUCAUAAACGCGCGGGAGCAUUCAAAGCAAAAUGA